AUGGCUACCAAUGCGGCCCCAGUGAUCCGGACCGAGUCAAACGGCCCGCUCGUGAGUGGGAUCGCAAUCGGCUUCGUCAUUGCCUCUGCCGCUGUGCUGUCCCUUCGGCUCUAUACGCGAGUUCUUCUCCUGAAGACGGCCGGGAGUGAUGACUGGACCAUUUCGAUGGCGAUGUAUCUUCUCGUCGACAUCCUCAACUACAACAUGGGCAUGAACGUCGCCAAAGUGUCGUUCCUCCUCCAGUACCGGCGCAUCUUUGUCUCGAAAGUGGUGCAACGGGUCUGUUUCUGGGCGAUGGUAUACGUCGUCAUCUGGGCGUGCGUGCAGGCCACGCUCCUCGGCCUCUCAUGCCUGCCCAUCUCGUUCAUCGUGCCCGGAACCUCCAGCUUCUGCCUCGACACGCUCUCCAUCUGGUACUUUUCCUCGUCCAUGAGCCUGGCAACCGAUUUUAUGAUCUUCUGCAUCCCACUGCCCUCGGUGCUGAGACUGCAGCUGCCCAAAAAGCAGAAGGGCAUGCUCUUCUGUAUCUUUUGCAUGGGCUUCACGGUAUGCAUCAUCUCCGCCUACCGCAUGUUCACCCUCCGCGCCGCCGUCUAUAGCGAGGACCCUUUAUGGGACAACAUCGGCGCGGCGAUCUGGUCCGUCAUCGAGCUCAACACCUCCAUCAUCGCCGCGUCGCUGCCCACGAUCCGGCCGCUCCUCGCCAAGUGGCUGCCGGACGCCGGCCUCUCGUCCGCGCGCAACAAGACCAGCGAGUACAACCGCCACGGCCCCUCCUCGGGCAUCUCCCGCAGCAACUUCAGGGAGCUCACCAGCGGGCGGCGCGAGAACGAGACGAGCACCGAGGACCUCGUCCUCAAGGACAUGGGUGCCGGCCAUGCCGCGACUGCGCCGUCGGUGUAUUCGCACGUCACGGCCCAGCCUAGGCUGGGCGGUAGCCAAACGGCGGGCGGCGACUACAAGAACCACAUUGUGGUGACGACGGAGACGAGUAUCAACGAGCGUCGGCGGGCGUAG